GAGAUAUGUGAAUGAAAUGUGCCUGUAAGAUCGAUAAGUAGUCCCAGCAGAGAGCUCCAAUGAAUCAUAUACAGAAUAGAACGUGUUUGUUGGAAUAAGCCUGACUAUUUUUCUGUUACGAAUUUUUCGUCGAUAAUACUUUGUUAUAUCGAUCGGCCUCGGCCUCAUGUUCAAACGGGAAAAUCAUUAUAUGCAAACCAUGCGCGACCUAUGUUAAGACGGUUUGCUAUAAAUAUGUAACACUUAAUCUUAAGUAGUUUUAUGCGGAGGUGUAAUAUCCUACACAGAUAAAUUCAUUGAUCAGUACAUAUUUCUUAAGAGCUAUAACACAACAUUGAGGAUUUGUCAACGGUUUGCGUACAGGAAGGGAUUUCUUCUCAAUAAAGUCAGGCAAAAUGGAGGCAAUAAAAAUGGGACUGUCGAUCUUCAGUCGACAACAGAAGAUUCGUCUGCUUCCUUUCGUGGUAUCUUCCGUAUUCUUUCUGAUACAACCGUACCAACCAGGAUCUACUUUUCUUGGGACGAUUUUUAAGGUUCUUCCAAUCAUCUCUCUAAUUGGCUACGUCAUCUUCACCAGAUCUCAGUUUCCAACCAGAACGAAAACUCUAAAUUUAGGGACGGUGAUACCGGAAGAUCGCUACAGCUACUGUGUCCUGCUUGGACUGGCUCUUGCGGUAAUUGGCGACAUUUUUGUAGCUUUGCCGUAUACAAUGUUUCUCGGCGGACUUGUUUUCAUGGUGGUUUAUACAUGCUACAUAGCUGCCAUAGAAGUCGAUGGGCGUCACAGGGGUGGACGAAGUAGCAGCACGUGGCUUUUUGGCCUCAUGUACAUAAACACAUUUCUGAGUGUCCAAGCAAGCUCUGAAUCAUAUUUCUUCAAAGCGUUCCUGCUACUCUAUUUCAUCCCAUUAUUUCUUGCGGGAUGGAAGGCAGCAUCGGCUCUGGAAGAGAACCCAGGUGACAAGGCCAUUCUCUUGGGAUGUAUUGGAGCCUCACUUUUCAUUAUCUCGGACUGCCUUGUCAUCUUGGAACACAAUGAUUACCCCGUACCCUUUGCGGAGUUUAUCUACAUGUUGACAUAUUAUGGUGCCCAGUUUGGGUGGGCAGCUAGCACAUCAAAUUAUAAUUAAAAUAUUUCGGCCUUGUGUAUUUGAGGACAGGUAUUUCUUGAAAAUAUUUCAAACAUAGAGAACACGUCAGUGAAAGAUUUUUUGCAUAAUGUAUAUUGAAUGCAUAUAUCUAUGUUUAUGCUUUUAUUAAAACCAAGUUCUUGAAAUCCUGUCAAAAUAUUUUUGAUUUUGAUUAUUAAUUGCGACGAUGUAUAAGGAAAUUCAGGUGAGAUAUCGCCAAUUUGCUUCCUGUAAAUACAAUUUAGAUCUCGGAAUCCAGUUUCUGUGGUAAACCGUGUUAUACAUUGUUUAUUUGCUAAUUUUGUCCUAAACUUGUUAAAAUGUAUCCUAUAAACUUGAACUUAGAAUGUAUUCCGCUGUUCAUUAUGGCCAUUUUAUAGAAAUAAUACAUGUCGUUUUUAAUACUUAUUUAACUUGCGUAGCAGUAUUUGUGCUUAUAAAAGAGUUUUAUUGUAAAGUGUGCAUAUAACUUUAAGAAGUCUGUAUUUGCUAUAACAAAUUUGACAUACGACUGUGUAGAAAUGCUGUAGAACUCUCUAAUUUGACUUUUAAGUUAACAGGAGGUCUUACGAAGAUACAUUGUAAGAUUUCAACAUAAUAUUUCGAAAAAUGUAUUUGACAAGAGUUGUCAAAUCUAAAAAAGUACAACUUCAAUAUCAUUCCACAAGACAUUAAAAUGUUGCGUCAAAUGCAAUUUGUAGGUUUUUCAAAAUUUUGUCUUCAUAAAACGUUAAAAUUCAUGAAUUUUACAUCCACAUGUUUUUGCCAAACAAUGUUUUGUGUAUAUUGAAACGUUUUGCUGGUUUUUCAUUUUAUACUGGUCGCUACACGUGUUGAUAUAUGCUUUUAUACAGGUUUAUUGUUAAUCAUGUUUAUUGAAAAUAAAAUAUUGUCAUUUUU